ACUUUCAAAUCUGCUUUAAUGGCCUGUAGAGGGAGGUCCACAGUUGGACUUCAUCGAUCUUGAUCCGCAAUGGCGAACAUGUUCUUAAAACGAGAUUGCUGGGUGUAAACUUGUUAGCUGGAAUGCAAAUCAUCAUCGAUAAAAAGUGUUGUUUGUCUCAUGGAUUACGGUGUGGCAUCAAGCUCCCAGCUAUUGUUUCGGGCUUGCGAUGAGGGCGACUGCGAGGGUGUUUGGCGGCUUCUGGAACCAGGGGCAACGGAGGCCGGGGAGAAAGGCCUGGAUGGCGCAUUAGGUAGCCAGAGUCCGUAUUCCGCUGUAGUGCAGCAACUUGUUGAUUGUACCGAUGGGGAUGGGAACACAGCACUUCAGUUUUCCGCUGCCGGUGGACACGAGAACUUGGUUCGAUUCUUGUUAAGAAAAGGAGCUUCAGUGGAUAGCCGGAAUCACUACGGUUGGAGUCCCCUUAUGCAAGCCGCAAGAUUUGGCCAUCUCAAUGUUGCCCAUAUUUUACUGGACAAUGGAGCUGAAAUCAAUGCCAAAAACCGACUUGGAGCUAGUGUUCUUACUGUGGCAGCAAGGGGAGGACAUGUCAGUAUUGUUAAAUUACUGUUAGAAAGUGGAGCCUUUGUGGAUGAUUAUGAUCACUUAAAUGUUAAAAUGGAUACAAGUGGUAAAAAGAAAAACACAGAAGAGUUCCCUGACAUUACUGGUCUUAUGACAAGUGUACAACAUGGACAUGAGACAGUUGUGAGGGUGCUUCUGGAGUGGGAUGCUGAUGUGAAUUAUGGCAUGAAAACUACAGGAUGGACCUCACUGAUGCUUGCAGCACUUACAGCGAAAUUAAAUAUCUUGCAGCAACUUGUAGAGCAUGGAGCAGAUACAGAUCAUAUGAAUAUUCUGUCGCAAACUGCAUUUGAGAUUGCCAUGAAAUUUAACCAUAAGGAGACAAGAAACUAUCUUGAUGCAAUUACUACAAAUCGUCCAUUAUCAGAUGCAGAAAAGAAGCAGCCAGAUGCCUUUCAUGCACUGAAAAUUGGCAACUUGCAGCUUCUUCGGGAGAUUUUGGAUGAGGAUUUGAAUCAAGUAAACAUUGCUAAUUCUGAAGGAGCCUCACCUUUGAUGAUUGCUGCUGUAAAUGGACAACUGGAUGCUGUUCUGUUACUUGUAGAGAGACAUGCAGACAUUAAUCAGCAGGAUAGUGUUCAUGGAUGGACUGCACUAAUGCAAGCUACAUAUCACGGGAAUAAAGAUGUUGUGAAGUAUCUGCUUAAUGAAGGAGCUGAUGUCAAUCUUAGGUCAAAAAAUGGAUAUACUGCAUUUGAUCUUGUCAUGUUAUUAAAUGAUCCAGACACAGAGCUUGUAAGAUUGCUGGCUUCCGUUUGCAUGCAACUGGACAAAGAUAAGAACAAAAUGAAGCUGAAGACUCCUUUGCGAUCUUCCAAAAGCAAGCAGUCCUUAAGUGUUCCUGUUCCUCCUGAUGAUAAAGGUGGUCUCAAGUCCUGGUGGAACAGAAUGUCCAACAGAUUUCGCAGGCUGAAACUGACUCGGACCUUGAGACAUGGCAUUUCAGCCGGCCGCCUAACUCCUCUUCCAGAUGACAUUAUUGUUUCUUUAGAUUCUACCAUGAAGGCUGAUCAAAAGAGCAGGUCAACAAAUAGCUCUGGAUUACUACCUUCCAUUUUGGGAGGUGCAGAUGCAACCCAGUCAUGGGCAACAAAAACCAGAGAGAUCAGCCUGCGCAGCUCAACUGCUGAUAUGGAUGAUGCCCUUAUAACAACAAUGUUGAAAAAUGGUGGACCCUCCACAAGACUUCCCAGUGAUAAACUGAAAGCUGUCAUCCCUCCUUUCUUGCCUCCAUCAAACUUUGAAUUAUGGAGUUCAGACCGAUUACAACUUAACAGAGAAGGCAAAAGUGAGCCUGUAAGGCUGUCCAUGCUAUCAAGAUCUGUCAAGUUCAACUGUAACAGCAGUGGAAAUUCAGAUAUUACAUCAGUCAGUCGAACAGUUGCAAGACCUGUCAAGUUCCCAAGUAUUCCAAGGAGUCCUGCUUCUCCAUCUACAUCAGGCGGUUUCAACUAUUCCCCUCACUCAUCAGGCAGCUCAAGUGGAAUGGCUAAUACUAACAGACCUGGAAGUGAUCCACACAAUCGAUCAGGGGGAAGUGCAGACAGCAUUUUGUCACAGAUUGCAGCACAAAGGAAAAAAGCAGCCGGAUUAUCUGAGCAGAAAUCUCCAGUAGUGCCUGAUAUCAACCUACCUGAAUUGCAUGGCACUCACAGUAUGUUGACUGGUGAAAGUAAAAAGACGCCAGAUAACAAAAAGAGACCUAACUCUGGGAAUUCCUCUGCAUCAAAGAGCACCUCUCCAACUUUGACCCCAUCCCCCUCACCUACUCUUAAGGGUCUGCGGGUAGAAUCGUCAUUAUCUUCAUCCUCCUCUCAUCAUCACUCCAAGAGCAGUGGCGGCUCAAGUAGUGGCACAAUUACUGAUGAAGAUGAGAUAUCAGGGAUCCUAAAAAAGCUUUCAUUGGAGAAAUACCAACCAAUAUUUGAGGAACAAGAAGUUGAUAUGGAAGCUUUCCUUACACUUACUGAUGGAGACUUAAAGGAGCUUGGAAUCAAUACUGAUGGCCCAAGGCAGCAAAUCCUGGCAGCUAUAUCCAAGUUAAAUGCUGGAAAGGGCAGAGAAAGGCAAAUUUUACAAGAGACUAUUCAUAACUUCCAUUCUUCUUUUGGGAGCAGUGCCAGUAACCUUCCAGCUGCUGGAUAUCCUUUGCAUGCUGCGUUGGCAACAGGUGUCUGAACAUCUAAUAUUAGGUGGCCGAAGAGGGUUGCAAUGGAUGGAGCAGGACACCAAACAGAACGUGCAGGAAAGGAGGUGUCGAUGAACAACUGAAGAUGUUUUCAAGAAUUGAAGAAUUUCUUUAGGCCAUACCACUUAGAAAUAAAAAAAGACUCUCCAUAAAAAUGGACAGUUUCUGUUGUGCCCUAUACUGUCAUCUAUGAUUGAAAAUAUUUUCAGAGUGUUUAUAUUUCAAAAGCGUGUUUUUAGAUAUUUGUAAUGUAAUGGUUGUUUAGCAAGAUUAAAAAAAACAAUUUUAAAACAUA